AUGGAAGAUUACUUUGUUGAACGUCCAGUGUUCAAGGAUUGGGAAUUUCGAGCACGCUAUAGGAUGAGCCACAUUGUCUUCUAUCGCAUCUCUGGUAGCCUUUGCCGCUAUGACCGGUACUUUGUUCAAAAAUCAGAUGCUGCCAAGAAAGUCGGACUACUUCCGGAACAGAAGAUGACAUGUUCCUUACAAAUGCUUGCUUACGGUGCUGGGGCAGAUCAAUGUGCUGAGUAUUGUCGGAUGGCGAAAUCUACCUUCAUCGAGGCUCUUCAACGAUUUACAAGAGGAAACGUUAAUCUGUACUCGGAAGAAUACCUCUGGGAUCCUACUGCGGCCUACCCCAGGAAACUGCUCGCCAAAGCUCAAAGAAAAGGUUUUCUUGGGAUGAUUGGAAGCAUCGACUGCAUGCACUGGCAAUGGAAGAAUUGCCCAACCGGUUGGGCUGGAGAUACAGUGGUCGAAAACAUAUCCUCACUAUCAUCCUCGAAGCAGUCGCAUCAUACGGCACAUGGAUAUGGCACGCCUUCUUUGGAAUGCCCAGAGGAUGCAAUGACCUCAACGUCCUGGCAAAGUCCCCGUUGUUUGACGAGCUUACUGCUGUCGCGUUUUAGUAUUGUUAGAGGAGAUGCUCGUGGGUGGGAUAUAGAAGACCUUCUAUACAUCAUGUUGACUUGUAUUAUAUUACACAACAUGAUAGUCGAGGAUGAACAACCUGAGGACUGCGAUGAAGACUUGGAGUCUGAUGAAGAAGAGGAGAACAAUAUGAGGCCCAGGUUGGCUACGGUUUGGGAUGGACUGACCGGUGAUGACUUUGAUCCUGUUGGUACAGAUGGUCAUAAUUUGAACGGAUUCAUGGAUCGAUAG